AUGCUUGGAGGCCGUCCCCUCUUCGUGCUCUUCGGCUCCUCCAUCGUGCAGUACAGCUUCAGCAACGGCGGAUGGGGCGCCGCGCUUGCCGACAUCUACGCCCGCAAGGCUGAUAUCCUGCUAAGAGGAUAUAUCGGCUGGAACACAAGGCGGGCUGUUCAAGUGAUGGACAAAGUGUUCCCUAAGGAUUCAGCAGUGCAGCCGUCUUUGGUAAUAGUUUACUUUGGUGGAAACGACUCCAUUGCUGCUCAUUCUUCUGGACUCGGGUCUCAUGUGCCGCUAGAUGAGUACAUAGGGAACAUGAGAAAGAUUGCAGAACACCUAAAGAGCCUCUCUGAGAAGACACGAGUCAUUUUCCUGAGCUGCCCACCUCUGAACGAGGAGAUGCUUCGAAACUCAACCAGCAGUACUAUACUGAGUGAGAUCGUCCGGACUAACGAAACCUGCCGUCUGUACUCUGACGCCUGCGUAGCUCUGUGCAAGGAGAUGAACCUGAAGGUGGUUGAUCUCUGGCAUGCCAUGCAGAAGAGGGAGGACUGGAUGACUGCAUGCUUCACGGAUGGGCUGCAUCUGUCUGAAGAAGGGAGCAACAUUGUGGUGGAAGAGAUCCUGAAGGUGUUGAAAGCGGCAGAGUGGGAACCAUGCCUGCACUGGAAGGCGAUGCCAACGGAGUUUGCUGAGGACUCCCCCUUCGAUCUUGUCUCCUCCAGCGGUGACGCCACCGUGAACCCGUCGGAGUGGACAAUCCACAGGAAAAUACCAUGGGACUGA